CUUUAGGAGUUAGAAAUGGAGUCAAUAUACCUUCGAAAGCACCUUGGGAAGUGUCUAACUCAGGGUCUCGCUGAAGUGGCCAGAGUCCGUCCAGUGGAUCCAGUGGAAUAUUUAGCAUUGUGGAUUUACAAAUAUAAGGAAAAUGUGACGAUGGAGCACCUGAGACAGGAGGAGAUGGCCGAGCUGGAGCGUGAGCGGGAGCGCGCGGUACUGGAGCAGGAGGCCCUGGAGAGGCUCAAGGCGGAAGAGCUCCUUUUCCAGCAGCAGCAGCUGGCGUUCCAGCUGGAGAUGGAAAUGCAGGAGAAGGAGAGGCGCCGAGUGGAGGAGCUGCAGCGGGCGCAGGCGCAGCUGGACAAGGAGAUGAGAAUGAAUAUGGAAAAUAUAGCUAAGGGAGAAGACAACUUACAUUCAGAGGAAGCAGCGUUAGACACGGGCAAGACGCUGGCGGAGAUCAGCGACCGGUACGGGGCGCCCAACCUGAGCAGAGUGGAGGAGCUCGACGAGCCCAUGCUGUCCGACGUUGCCUUAAACAUCGAUCAAGAUUUGUAGGAUCAACCAACCUAGAGCAAUAAAAUUUUCUGCUGUUUUCAAGUUUCCAAUCAUGAGGUCCCCGAUUGUACUUUUUUCCCUCCAAAGUUGAACUGUGCUCUUUUCUUUCCCCUG